GGCUCGUGUUUGCUAACCUGAAAAUAUCUAUAAUAAUGCGUAAUGUCUACUGUGAUACCUAUGGUCCUGAUGAUAUGUUAGAGAAAAUUUUGACAGACAAAUUAAAUAUAUAGACUUGCUAAGAAGUUAGAAUUUUUUUUUGGUAUGGAAAAGAAGAAUUAAUUUUUUUCCCAAGUGCUAUACACUACAUACAUGAUUGUGAUUUCUAAGAUAUUUCUUUUUGGAUAGGAAGAGAGAUAAAAAUAGUUUUGUGUAAGGCUACAAGUUUUUAUGAAUGCCUGCAUGAAAGAUGAUUUUAGAGUAUAAAAAGAUUUUUAGCCUGUGUUUAUGGUUCCUCUGAUGUAUUAACGGAGACAAAUAUAUAAUGUGAUUUGACCUUUUAGUAUAAGGAGAAUUUAAGUUUGAAUUCUGCUAUAAUUGUAGUUAUUUGAAACUGACCUCCCAUUUUUACAUCAUUUUAAAUAUCAAGAAUGACUUUGCAUGGAUUAUGUAAUGUAACUAUCCCCAUUGUCUUGAAAUAAAAAGUGCAGACAGACACUAUUGAUGUAAACCUGAAGAGCUAGUACUAUGUUUUUGUAGAACAUUUGUCGUACGAAUUUAAUUAUCUUGGCUUCCUUCUUCUCUCUCCUUUAUGUACACAUGGAUGUUUUCUAAGAAAUGUAGUCCUAUUUUUUUUCUUUCUUUCUUUCUUUCUUUUUUUUUUUUUUUCCUUUUUUAGGCAUACCAGGUGGCCUCUACCUAGGUGAGCAUAUCUUUAGGCCAAGAGAGCUGGGAGUGUGCCCAGUAUUGGCAGCUUACAUGGCUUCCACACAAUGGUUUGACUCUAGUGAUUUUUGCAAACCUAAACAUUUAAAGUUGUUAUCACUUAGAGAAUCCAGCCAUUUAGAUGAUUUGAAUGAAGAUGCAAUUUCUUUGCAGUUUGUGAAUAAAAUUUCAUCAUUAUCAUUAUCAUUAGUAACAAUGCUUGGUUUCAACUGUGCAUAUGAUAAUUUGGCAAGUUACAAAGGAAAUGCGAGAAGUUCAAGGUAAGGUUGAGACAGAACCAGUAUUAAAAUAUUUUAUAACAUGAGAAAACACACCCCAUAAUCAUCUAGAUAGCCAAUUAAAGCUUUAAAAAUAUGUUCACAGGCAGAUUAAGUGUGUGCUGCUGGGGCAGAGUCAGGUGGCUUUUUGUUGGAAAGACUUCCACUAACCCUAGGAACACUCAGUUCUUUGGUGCUGAAGGAUACUGACUUUACCUGUCCUAACUCUUAUACUUAGUAUCUCGUGCUUGAAAAAGAUGGAGCAAACCUUUAGCCCAGUUCUAUUUCAGUGCUGGCCUGAGGGUCCAAGAAUUAUAGGAUGUCACUAAGUUAUAUACAGAUUAAAGUUAGGACCACGGUACAUACCAAAUAGUCCUCUGUGUAUAGUUUCUAAUGCUGCGUUAAGAGUCUGAGCUAUCUAAAACCUUAUCCACAUUAACUAUUCUAAAUAUCUUGUGUUGCCUACCUCUUGCCGACAGCUACUCUCCAGCUGUUAACACACACAGCGAUGUGUUACAGAGUGGCUCCACAGGGUCUGUGGCCUUGGGGCAGGUUCAUCCUAACCCAAGGCUCAGUGAUUUCUGUGCAUGACUCCCAAGUCUGCCCCUCUAACCGCUAGCUUGAUGGCCUUCUACUUUGUGUCCGUUCAGAGCCCUCCAGAAGCAGAUGCCCAAAUGGGAUUAAAUGUGCAGGAGAUUUACUGGGGGAAAUGUUCGUGGACUAUAAAGAAAGAAGGGACAGAAGUGGGCGGGUACAGCCAUCAGAUCACGGUGCAGGUCUCACAUGUGCGAGAGGAGAGGGACCGAGUCGCCCAUUAAAUGUGUGUUGUCUGUGGAACAGGAAGGAAGUGGCACUAACGGGCAGCUCCAGGGGAGGCAUGGCCUCCGAGGAGCCAAAGGGACAGAGGUGGAGCUGUUGGGCAGCUGUGUUCCCCGCGGUACCCUCCCUUAAUCUGAGCACCACACCUCGAGUGGCCAGUGUGUCAUACCACAGAGUAAUGCACGUUAAGAAAAUAAUUUCCCUUUGCAGAUUUACACCCCUGCCCAAACUAUAUUUUCUAUCUCAGUUUAUGGCAACUUCAUUUCCCUGGCUAGAAAUCUAGAAGCCUCCUAGUCCCUCUUCCUCAUCCCAUUCAUCAUUCCAUCCCACCAGUUUUACCAACUCACAUUUCCUGACUCCUCAUGCCCUUUGUCAGCACCACUUGCCUUGAUUCAGGUCUUUAUUAUUUCUUCUUGUGACUGUUGUAAGUACCUUCUACCUACCUGGCUGCCCCUACUGUGGGCCAGCAUGCUUUAUCCCCUCUACGUCUCUCUCUAUAGUUUUCUCUAUAGCUGCAUGAUCUUUUCAAAAAUUCAAAUCCUGUCACAUUCACCUCCUUCCUAAAAUUCUUUGGUGCCUCAUUAUUUCCAAUAGGAUGAAAUCAAAACUUCUUAGCAUGACUUAAGUAUUUUAUCUCAUGCUGCAACUCCCUCACUCAUCCUACAUUUUAGUUCUGAGUUCCCCAAACUGGAAAACUGGUCAAGAGUCUUUUUGCCAGUGGGCUUUUGCACGUGCUGUUUUCUUUGCACGGUGUGUCUUGUCCCUUCAUUUGUCUCGCAGACUCAUCAUCGUCAGGGCUCAGGUCAUUCUUUUCUGAGCUCUCCAAGAUGUGGAGCUUUCUCUUUCUAGUUUUGAGUCAACUAGUUAACUCUCAAUUGUAACACUUAAAUGUUGCUCUAUCUUUAUAUUCAUAGUGCUCAGGUGCUGAAUAAAAUGACUGAAUGAAUGAAUUAGCUAUAACUGAGGCCUGCUGGCUGAACUUGCAAUUUGCUCAUUGGUAAUGAUCUUGUGUUUCUGGUCCCCAGUUGUUGGCUCUUCUCAGAACUGAGUAUAAUGUAUUAUUUAGGGAUAUCAGGUGAAAACCUUUCACAAGCAUCUUUACAGAGUUGGGUUAUGGAGAAGAAAGAUUAUCUGAGUAAUUCUAUUUCUGUUUAAGGGACAUAUCAAACUAUGGUUUGAGGCAGUAAUUUUAACGUAGUGGUUGAAGGACUACAGCACAUAUAAUUACUAAUGUGACAAUCAUUCAUCAACAUAUGGUACGUGUUUAAAAAGUAACCUGAACAACUAUCUGCUAACACUAAUACAGUUUCCAUGUAUUGAAUGAAAAUCACUCUUAAAUAUAUCAGUCUGCCUCACAUGUUUUCAGAACACAAGUCUGAGUGUCAGGUUUGCGUGUCAAUUGUUGCCCUGGAGGGAAGGUCUACCCCCACUUCAGAGGUUCAGGAAUUCAUGCUUGGCUCCUAGACCCAGUGCUGCUGCCUUAGUUCAGCUCUGGCAUCUUGUGCCUGGAUUAUUGCAAUAGUCUUCCAAGAGCUUCUAAUGUGGCCUUCAGCUGCUGCUGCCAGAGGUUUGCUGCAAUCAAGCCUCUGAAGUGAAUUCACUGUUAGGUUUUCCUUCUAAGAAAAGCAUCAUCAUAAUGCAGCAGAAUCCUGCUAAUUUUCACUUCAUACUUGAAAUUGUUAAUUCUCGGGAGAAGAAGAGCACCUGGUAGAUUUUAUUCACUAUCAGCAAAGACUUAAUAGCAGGAAAAUGGUGUUGUCUUUUUUGUAUCAAAGAACAUUAAAAUAAGAUAAGCUGAAAAUAGCAACAUAAUUGUAAUAUUGUCUUGAUUAUGUUUUAUUUACAGUUUGUUUUGAUAUUUGUGUUUUAAUAUUAAACUCGUUAAUAAAAUAAUGCUCUAAGAUUGUAGUAGGUAGCUUUUAUCUAAAGAUACAGGUAUCAGCUUUCUGCUUUUUGUAGAGGAAAUUCAAGAUUCAACAUUUUGUGUAACAUUACUCAGUUUUAGUUACUUGACUCAGGGCCUAAGUGCUAGGUAACAAGGAGAGAGUAUGUGUGGAAAAAAUAUUCUUCAGAAAUGUAAAUUAGAAUUCCAUUGUAUGUUAAUGCUAUUAAUUUUUGGAGGAAGUUGCUCUUCAAAUCUUAACUAAAGGCCAAAGAAUAUCUACUCAUUCAUUAAUCUUCUCAAGAUUCAGUCCCAUAUUCAAUAAAUAACUAAGCAUGUAUUUUAAGGAACAUAUUCUUUGAAUAUUAUUUGGGGGAUAGAUUUCUCCUUUUUAUUACAAGGCUCAUGGAAGGAUAUAUAGUGCCCCUCUUUCCACUAGAUUUCAGUUCAGAGGCUCUUGUCAUCAAGGUGUUGAUAUUGCUAAAACUUAAUAUUAAACAUGUCUUUUGAUUUAAAUAAACGACUACUGUUAAUAUUGUUAAAUAACUACUUUUAAAGGUGUUACCUCAAAAUCUUUAAAUCAAAGUUAAUGCUGAAAAACAGCAGUCAGAGUUUUAAGGUAGAAAUAGCCACACGUGUGUAUUUGCUUUUAAAAUCCUACAUGUUACAUCCAGACAAAUCAUUUUAAGCAGCCAAGUUUGGUAAUUUUGGAUUCCUCUUAUAAAUUAUACUUUUUUGAGACUGACUUCUUAAGAAAUGUAGUGUUUAUAUAAUAUUUAAAUGCAAAAGAGAAUAUUAAUAUAAAACAUUAUCAGUUAAAUUUCAUUCCACCUGACAGUAUUUUCUGUGUGAUACAUAGUCAUCCCAGGUGUAUAAUUAAUUUUGAGUGACCACAAAUGGAUGGUUAGAGUUGUGCUCUUUUAAGUGUAUAUGCAGUUAAUACUGGCUAUUGUUGUUUCAUUAAAUCUCUUUGAAGAUCCUUUAUUUUGGGAGGUAUAAGUAAUUUUUUAUUAUAAUAAUAUGUUCACAUAUAUGUUUUUAAAUCUCACUUCCUUAUAAAGUUAAAGAUGUGGCCAUUUUUAAAAAAUGGCUGGUUUUAUUUAUUUAGAAAGACAGUAAAAAACCAGGAAUCAUUUGUUAUUAUACUAUUGUUAGGACCAUAGCUCUAAUCUGGUCCACUAACCUUUAAAAGAAACUGCAAAGGCAGAGACGUCAGAUUGUAGCAGUAAAUAUUCACUGGCAAAGUUUUUAUAUCAAAGAUUAGAGCUUUAGGAGAUGCUCCUGGGAUUUAGUGUACUCUGACAUCUAUUAAUCCCUGAUACCUUGGGUGACUUGUCAAAAAGUGCUCCACUUACAAAGAGUGUGCAAGGAGGCCCAAGAGGGCACAUUCGGCGGAAGGUCAAGGAAGCAAUUACUGUUUCCUGCUUUUCCCUAAAGAACUUCCACAGCAAAUGCUGUCCACCUCCCCCACCCCGUCUUAGCAAGGCCUGUGAAUAUAAUGAAAUGAAAGUUCAAGUUCCAGUGGAACAUAUUACCAAUAUUACUUGGUUCUUAGAGCUCUUCUUGCAUGUGAAUGCACGCCACAGUUGAAGAUGUACAGUGAAAUGGAUUUGAAGAAGUGGCUCUUGCUGAAGAAUAUCGAUUUUUCAUCUCUGUUUUCCUGUAUCUCUGCCAGGGGUCAAUAUUCGUGCUGGUGGUGGAGUGGGUGUAGACUGGGCCCUUCCUGUAGCAUGAAGUUAAGUUAGAGUUAUUUUGAGGAGUACCUGGUUCUGAGUGGAUAUUUAGAAGGACUCUAUUGAAGGCUCACAGAAUUUAGGACAGGAAAUCAUGUCGACAGGAAGUCCCCCCUGGGACUGUGGCCUUUGAGGGAAGUUUUCAACAAUGUCAGACUUGAUCUACCUCCAUCUAGCCAUUCUGCUCCCCGAAUACUGAGAAUGAUGUUAUCGGAGCUCCAAGGACAGAGUUGGAAAUAACAACUCUUAGGACUUCGGGACUCAAGACUGUCACUUCUACUUAUUCUUGCCUCAGUGCAGUGGAGAAGUUUGAAAGUCUCUUGAGGCUUUCACAUACUCUUGAGUCCAGAAUUUUUAAGACUGGCACUGGAGAUACACACACACACACACACACACACACACACACGUAUUUUUUCGUGUGUGCCUAUUUUCCUCUUCCCUAAAAUUUUGGAACACAUUUUAAAAAUAAAAGUUUGCUCUCCUUGGAGCUUACUUUUAGGAGUAAUAGACAAAAAAAUUAGUGGUAUCAGACUUUGGCUUAGUAUUGAGAAGAAUUUUCAAUAAUAUUUUCUAAAUGUACCUUGUGGAAUAACAUAUUUACCCUCAUUGGAAAUAUUCAAAGAAGCUGAACAAGCUGGAUAUGCAGUUUAUAUCCAACCUGAGCAUGUGGUGCAAGGGUAGACUAGAAGGUGUAUCUCAAGUGUUGUCCAUCUUGACAUUCUAGGAUUCUGUGGCAUUUUAUUUUUGAGUGGUGCAUCUGUUUUAAAACUGUGAAUAAUUGCAAUGUUGGAAAUUGUGAAAGUUUUUAAUUUUUGAGAUUUGGGAAAUAGGUUUUCUAGGAGGAGCUUAUCUUCUAUGAAGACCAGAAUGAGAAAUUUUUGUAUCACUCCCCAAUUUCUUGGAAAUACUUGUAUUUGUUAUUUGUUUAUUUACUUGCUUAUUUUUGGAUCUCAGGAGGUGUGAGUUAAUCAUCCCCAUCAGGUCAUGAUGCACUCCCAUCAGGCAAGACUCCACUGUUGGAAGAGAGAUGAUGACAAGGUGGUGGCAGAGAUCAUGGCAAGAUGUUUUGUUCCAAGUCUAAUAACCACCACCUCCUGGGAGGGAUUUCAUUUUGUCGGUCAUGAGAUUCGGAUUACUGAAGCCAUGGAUUGUUAUGGUGCUGUUGUUUGGCCAUCGGCCCUUGUUCUAUGCUAUUUUCUGGAAACAAAUGUAAAGCACUAUAAUAUGGCUGACAAAAAUGUGAUUGAAAUCGGAGCUGGAACAGGGCUAGUCUCCAUCGUGGCAAGUUUACUGGGUGCACACGUGACUGCCACAGAUUUACCUGAAUUACUUGGAAACCUGCAAUAUAAUAUUUCCCGAAAUACCAAAACGAAAUGUAAGCAUUUGCCUCAGGUUAAAGAACUCUCCUGGGGCAUAGCUUUAGAUGAGAACUUCCCCAGGUCUUCCAACAAUUUUGACUACAUCCUGGCAGCUGACGUUGUCUACGCCCACCCUUUCCUGGAAGAACUCCUCAUUACCUUUGACCAUCUGUGCAAAGAAACUACCAUCAUCCUCUGGGUCAUGAAAUUCAGGUUGGAGAAAGAAAAUAAAUUUGUAGAUAGAUUUAAGGAGUUGUUUGACCUGGAGGAGAUUUCCAGUUUCCCUAGCCUGAAUAUUAAGUUGUAUAAAGCUAUGAAGAAAAGUCGGAGGAGUGCGCGAUAUCCUCAAAGGAGGGCUUCGAAAGCAAAGGGGGUUUCUAGUAGAGUGUUCCUUUAAAGAAGAUCCAGGAUGAUCUGACAUAGCACUGACUUUCCCAAGUUUCUCA